AGCAGUCAGAGUGAAAGUUGUCUCCGCCGCUCCGGUACUCGCUGCUCUUCUCCGCCGCUGUGUGACUCCUUUCCUCCCGGAGACAUGAGGCGGAAAGAGAAGAGACUGCUGCAGUUCGUCGGGCUGCUCGUGGCGGCUUUUCUCUUCUUCCCCAACGUCGGUCUGUGGUCUUUGUACAGGGACAGAGUGUUCGACAACUCGCCGGACGCGGUGGACGGACCGGGCGGCUUCCCGCCGAACCAGGGGUUAAACCAGUUGAGGAAUGUUGCUCAAGUGGGCCACGAUGGUGUGCGGCGGAGAGACUGGCACGACUAUGAUGCAAUAAAACGCGAGGCUGCUCGUACUGGUUAUGGUGAACAGGGGAAGCCAGUCCCGCUGACAGAAGCUGACCGGGUGGACCAGGCCUACAGAGAGAAUGGAUUCAACAUUUACAUCAGCAACAGGAUUUCACUCAACCGCUCGCUUCCUGACAUCCGCCAUCCAAAUUGCAAACAGAAGUUGUAUGCAGAGAAGCUGCCCAACACCAGCAUCAUCAUCCCAUUCCAUAACGAGGGCUGGUCUUCUUUGCUGAGGACCGUCCACAGCGUGCUGAACCGCUCUCCACCACAGCUCAUCGUAGAGGUCAUCCUGGUCGAUGACUUCAGUGACAAAGAUCACCUGAAGUUGGCGCUGGAGGAGUACAUGACUCGACUGCCCAAGGUCCGCAUCUUGAGGACCAAGAAGCGGGAGGGGCUGAUCAGGACACGCCUCCUGGGAGCCGGUGCUGCCCAGGGAGAGGUUAUCACCUUCUUGGACUCCCAUUGUGAGGCCAAUGUCAACUGGCUGCCGCCACUGCUGGAUCGAAUCACUCAGAACAGGAAGACCAUUGUGUGUCCGAUGAUCGAUGUGAUCGACCACGACAACUUUGGCUAUGACACACAGGCAGGUGAUGCCAUGCGAGGGGCGUUUGACUGGGAAAUGUACUACAAACGGAUCCCCAUUCCUCCAGAGAUGCAGAGGGAUGACCCCAGUGAACCAUUUGAGUCACCAGUGAUGGCAGGUGGACUGUUUGCUGUGGAUAGGAAGUGGUUCUGGGAGCUGGGAGGAUAUGACAUGGGUCUGGAGAUCUGGGGAGGGGAACAGUAUGAGAUUUCCUUCAAGGUGUGGAUGUGCGGUGGGCGGAUGGAAGACAUCCCUUGCUCCAGGGUAGGACACAUCUAUAGAAAGUACGUCCCCUACAAGGUCCCGGGGGGAAACAGUAUAUGUUAUAACCUGAAGCGUGUUGUGGAGGUGUGGAUGGAUGAGUAUGCCGAAUAUGUCUACCAGCGUCGACCAGAGUACCGUCACUUGUCAGCAGGAGAUAUGACGACACAGAAAGACCUGAGGAAUCGCCUCAACUGUAAGAACUUCAAGUGGUUUAUGACAGGAGCCUGGGAUCUGCCUAAACACUAUCCACCAGUGGAGCCCCCUGCUGCUGCAUGGGGGAAGAUCCGUAAUGUGGGCAGCGGCAUGUGUAUGGAGAGUAAACACUUUGUGUCAGGCAGCCCCAUCCGCCUGGAGAGCUGUGUGAAGGGGCGGGGCCACAUGAGCUGGAGUCAUGGACAGGUGCUGACAUUAGGGUGGAGGGAAGACAUCCGUGUGGGGGCCCCCAUGCACACAAGGAAGGUUUGCUUUGAUGCUGUCUCACACAACAGCCCUGUCACCCUUUAUGACUGUCAUGGCCUGAAGGGGAACCAACUGUGGCGCUACAGAAAGGAUAAGAGCCUGUAUCAUCCUGUAAGUAACAGCUGUAUUGACAGCAGUCCAACAGAGCGGCGAGUCUUCAUGAACACCUGUGACCCCGCCUCUCCAAGCCAGCAGUGGCUGUUUGAGAGGACCAACGCCACUGUGCUGGAGCACUUCAACCGCGGCAACAACUGAGGCCUGUGGACAGUGAGCCCAGGCUUCUUACAAUGACAGCUCAAUAAAUAACAAUCAACUAUGAUUGGGUACCAAAUGAAUCUAAAACUAAACAAGGUGCUACCCGAGAAAUAUUUCCCAUAGUGAAGCAGAGACCAGGUGAUGAUGUUCAGAACCCAAUCACACAGCAGGAAGUCUGUGAUGAGGAAAGGAUUCAAGAAACAACUUGGAUUGUCUUGUGGAAAU